AUCUUGAUUGCGGCUUUAUUAUUCCUUUCCGGUCAGAAACCAACAGACACCCACAACUAAAGGGAGCCACUGCUUGAGCUUCAAACACAACAAUCAUAAAGCACAGUGUGAGUCUUUAAUUUCAGGAAUCAGAAAUCAUAGGGCCCUGAUCACUCAGCACCCCUCCUCCUCACUUGCCCUCCUGAUCUUGACACAUUUUGAGUAAAAUUUAUCAGAGACAUUCUGACCACAUUGGGUGGGGGUGGAGUUGCCCAAGCCUGUGGGGGAAAGGGGAAGAGUUAGGACUUGAAACCAUUAGGGCACAUAUAUAGAUGCCUUUUCCAGUAUGUCUUUGGGGGGAAAAAAAAAAGUGAGGAAUUGGGAAAUCUAAACUGUUCAAGUCUGGGCCUGGUUUUUCCCUAGGACCGUGUGGUUCAUUAGCCACUCUUAAAAUCCAGAGGCACAAUAAGCCUGAAUUCUUGAGAGUAAGUUCGUGGAAUCCAGCUAAGAACUGAAUCUGAAUCCCAUGAAUUAUCCUUUCUAUUCCGGUGACCCUCUUUCCCCACAUCUGUUUAUGGAAGAAAAUGGAUCUUGGGGGUGUGGUUUGGUAACUGAAUUAGACUCUUAUGAUCUGUCACAUGCCUGGAUUUGGGGGAAGCAUUUGGAGAAGCUCAUGUGACUGGAUUGGGGAUUUUAAUAAUUGAGACAUGCUCAUCACACAUCCACCAUCUGAGAGUUUUAGCAAUAGAGUCACAUGUGAGUCCAUCAGUCCGUUGAUUCAAGUGUUAUAAAUAACUAGGAGUAUUGUUUCUGCUGCCUUUUAGAACCAGUUUCAUCUAACUUUCUAGGCAGAUCCUCCCUCUGCAAAAUCACAUUAGGCUAGGAAAGCUAUUCCCGCCUGGAAAACAUGAUGCCUUUUAAUCAACAAUAUCAUAAAAUACAAUUUUGAAGCUUAUGUCUCUCCUUAUGUUAUUUAUUUCUAGCCUUUUGUGUUUCUUCCAUCAUCCCAGAGGUGAGGAUCAGACACAAAUUUGAAAAUAGGUUUCACUGUUAGGAUUUUAGGGAGGUGGGUCAUAACAAGGGUAGGGAAUGAUGCAAUCCCUUGAUAUUAAAGGAAGGUGAGGGAAGAUCAGGGUUAUACAUCCAUUUCCCCAGCAAAGGAAAAGGUAAGCUCCUUUACUAGAGUCAUGUGUACUGAUGUCUUUUCUCUGCCUCCAGAGAGUCAUGUGAAACUCAACACCUACCUAGCAGCUCUCCACCCUAGCACACUACACUGCACACAGAAAUGUGCAAAUCUGCUUCCUCCUUCCUUCCACCCUAACCCCCCUUUUCUCAACAUUUCUAUCCCCGCCUCCUUUCCUCAUCUAAAUUUUCCAGCCAACCGCUAUAGCUGACUUCCGCAAUCCUGAUGGAAUAAAUCUAGCACUCCUAGUCUUCUACCCACAUUAGCGACACUUCCUGUCUGAAAGGAGCCCAGACAGCAGAUUCCCAGCAGCAGGAUGUGGGGGCUCAAGCUUCUGCUGUUACCCAUGGUGAGCUUUGCUCUGUAUCCUGAGGAGAUACUGGACACCCAAUGGGAGCUAUGGAAGAAGACCUACAGGAAACAGUAUAAUGGCAAGGUGGAUGAAAUCUCUCGGCGUUUAAUUUGGGAAAAAAACCUAAAGUAUAUUUCCAUCCAUAAUCUUGAGGCUUCUCUUGGUGUCCAUACAUAUGAAUUGGCCAUGAACCACUUGGGGGAUAUGACCAGUGAAGAAGUGGUUCAGAAGAUGACUGGACUCAAAGUACCCCCAUUUCAUUCUCAAAGUAAUGACACCCUUUACAUCCCAGACUGGGAAGGCAGAGCCCCAGACUCCAUUGACUAUCGAAAGAAAGGUUAUGUCACUCCUGUGAAAAAUCAGGGUCAGUGUGGUUCCUGUUGGGCUUUUAGCUCUGUGGGUGCCCUGGAGGGUCAACUCAAGAAGAAAACUGGCAGACUCUUAAAUCUGAGUCCCCAGAAUCUGGUGGAUUGUGUGUCUGAGAAUGAUGGCUGUGGAGGGGGUUACAUGACCAAUGCCUUCCAAUAUGUGCAGAAGAACCACGGUAUUGACUCUGAAGAUGCCUACCCAUAUGUGGGACAGGAGGAAAACUGUAUGUACAACCCAACAGGCAAGGCAGCUAAAUGCAAAGGGUACAGAGAGAUCCCUGCAGGGAAUGAGAAAGCUCUGAAGAGAGCAGUGGCCCGAGUGGGACCUAUUUCUGUGGCCAUUGAUGCAAGCCUGACCUCCUUCCAAUUUUACAGCAAAGCUGGGGAGAGAACUGGGGAAACAAAGGCUACAUUCUCAUGGCUCGGAAUAAGAACAACGCCUGUGGUAUUGCCAACCUGGCCAGCUUCCCCAAGAUGUGAUUCCCACCAUACAAUCUCAUCCUGUUCUUCCAUUCCUUCUGAUGAUGCAAUAUAAUGAUGUACUUUGGAAGGGAGUAGGUGGAUUGUUCUUGAAGCAGAUGUGGUGACCCUGAGAUUGUCUGUUUAAUUAUUCUACUCAGUCACAACCCUACUACUUUCUUUCUCUAUACGCAAGGCCAUUUUAUUUGGGCCACAGGAGGAAUUUCCUUGGAGGAAUGUACAUAGGCUGAGAUGUGAUCACAGCCUGCCUUGACUAUGUUGUCUAGAGUUGAUGCUGUACUGAUAGAGGCUGGUGAUCUUUGGGUAGGCUAGAUUCUCAUUCACUGGGACUAGUUAGCUUUAACCACCAUAGGGGACUAAGGUGAUCUGACUUCUCAGUUCCCAAGUUCUUUUAUAUCCUCAAGGUAGAAAUUUCUGUGUUUUCCACUCCAAUUCACAAGUCUUUGGUAUAAGUUUACAUGAUAUAAAAAGUGUGUUUUCUUUUUCCUUCCUUGUAUUUUUGGAAUAAAGUAUUUAUCUCUUGCCUACAAUUUAAUAAACAGCAUUUAGAACACAUUCAUUUUGUGAUGGGUAUUGUACUAGGUGCUAGAGACAAAAAUAUGACCAAAAUAUGUUCCCAAAAUAUGUAUUCACAGUCUGAUUGGAAAAACUAUCACAUAAUUCAUUCCAAUUCAUUUAUUUGUUCAUUUCUUUAGCCAGUUUAUUGAGUAGUUACUCCAUACCAAGAACUGUACUAAAUUUCUGGGAUUAAAUGGACCUGAGRAGAGCUGAGAUUGUGGCUCAGCGGUAGAAUGCUCAACUAGCAUGUGCGAGGCCCUGGGUUUGC